AUGGCCAGAUCAAACGCUAGAUUGGUCAGACUCGCUGCCUUUGUGGCAGCACUUCUUCUUUGUGGGUUCAUCUUAUCCAAAGGCUCGACUUCUGAUUACGUCCCAGUGAUCAAUAAUGACACCAAAUCAGAAACUACCGUCGUUGGCGGGGGCAAAGCUGCCGCUGCUGUUGUUGCCGACUCCCAAAAAUCACCAUCCAGUGAUUCUUCCUCUUCCAAGGCCGACAAGGCGGCCGCCUACAAAUCCCCUGCCGCUGCUGCCGAUGGUGGUCUUAAGGCCUCUGUUGGUGAAGACGGUUACAAGAGAUAUUACUACACCGAUAAGGUCGACGAAAGUCAAAGAAUCAGUGCUACUUUUGUCACCCUUGCCAGAAACCGUGAUUUGAACAGUCUUAUUGGCUCCAUUAGACACAUUGAAGAUCGUUUCAACAACAAGUUCCACUACGAUUGGGUCUUCUUGAACGAUGAAGAAUUCACCGACGAAUUCAAAGCCGUCACUAGCUCUCUUGUUUCCGGUACCACCAAAUACGGGAAGAUUGAUAAGUCACAAUGGGGAUUCCCAGAAUGGAUUGACCAAGAUAAGGCCGCUGCUGUCCGUAAAGACAUGCACGACAGAAGAAUUAUUUAUGGUGACUCUAUUCCUUAUAGACAUAUGUGUCGUUACGAAUCCGGGUUCUUCUACAGACAUCCAUUGAUGAUGGAUUACGAAUACUACUGGAGAGUCGAACCAGAUGUGAAGAUUUACUGUGAUAUUGAUUACGAUAUUUUCAGAUUUAUGAAGGACAACAAGAAGUCUUAUGGUUGGACCAUUUCUUUGCCAGAAUAUAUCGAAACCAUCCCAACUUUGUGGAAGACCACCAAGGAAUUCAUCAAGGCCAACCCACAAUACUUGCCAGAAAACAACAUGUUGGAUUUCGUUUCCGACGAUGGUGGAGAAUCUUACAACUUGUGUCAUUUCUGGUCCAAUUUCGAAAUUGGGUCGCUCGAAUUCUGGAGAGGCGAGGCUUAUAGUGCCUACUUUGAAUACUUGGAUAAAGCCGGUGGGUUCUUUUACGAACGUUGGGGUGAUGCUCCAGUUCAUUCCAUUGCUGCCGCUUUGUUUUUGCCAAGAGACGAACUCCACUUCUUUGGUGACGUUGGUUACUACCAUGUUCCAUUCCAUAACUGUCCUGUUGAUCCACAAACUAGACUUACCAACAAGUGUGUCUGUAACACUCAAGAAGAUUUCACUUGGAAGGAUUACUCUUGUACCAACAAAUUCCACGCCAUCAACAACUUGAGACGUCCACAUAACUGGAAAUCCUUCUCCGGUUGA